AAUCCAUGAGUUUCUUCAUCCCUUAAUUUUCAAGUAUCAUAACUAAAUUAGCUUUAAACAAAAAAAGAAUGGGUUCCAAGGCAUUUCUGUUUCUUGGCCUUGUUUUGGCUAUUUUCUUAAUGAUACGUUCUGAGGUUGUAGCUAGGGAGUUAGCUGAGACUUCCAACUCAGUGAAAUCAGAUAACGAGAAUGAAGUACAUGUUGAUGGACUCGAAGAUUAUGUUCAACAUGGCAUUGGCAAUGACGGACGUGGCGGAUAUUAUGGUGGUGGCGGCCAUGGCCAUCGUGGUGGUGGUUAUAAACGUAAAGGAUGCCGUUAUGGUUGCUGCAAAAAGUACAAUUACGUAUGCAAAAGGUGUUGUUCCUCUGCAGGUGAGGCCAUGGACAAAGUCACUGAAGCCCAGCCACAGAACUAAUUAAUUAUGUGCAAUAUUAUAAGUGGCAAUAGAUGUAAUAAUCUUGCUACUUUAGAUCUUUUGCUUGUAACAAGUAUGAAUAAAGCCAUUCCAGUUGUUAUGGAUGGUUGUCCUUGCUCAUGUAAUGUUUUGUUGUACAAUAUAUCAUAUUGUGAUCAAAUGUUUCCAUAACGUUUAAUUUUCUUCUUAUUUUGAA